UUCCAGCACCCACUGCGGCCGUUUGAGGACCGGUUUGACACCCCUGCUUUAUCGCAUGCAGAUGAAUUGCGGAUUCAGCUAAUUUUGCCGAUUCUUUUAUUUUUCGCACCCCGCCAGUCAAAUGUGCUGCAGAAAAUUAUUGCUGCACCAGGGAGAGGCGUAUGAGCCUUUUUGGGUUUCAAAAGUUUCCCAUUGACCGCGGAUAUUGGCCAAAACAAGCCCUACCACUGUGGGACCAUUGGACGUACGAGGAAUCUAGCCAUCUCACCUGAAUUGAAAACGAACACGCGGAGGACCUGAAAGACUGCCUCCAACAAUCUUCAGACAAACAGCCUGACAGACUGAAGAUUUUGGAUUCCAACCCUUUGCCGACACUUGCUUCUUGGGGCAGCCAUGAGGAGUAAGAUUUCCAAAAGGUUGAUGGUGAUACCGGAUUCGGUCCCCCCUGAGACUGACUGGUCCAAAUCGCUGACCUGGCUCAACGGUCUACUCAAGACGGAAUUCCAAGCGAUGCGGGACAUCAGCUCAGGAGCGUGUCACUGCCAAAUGAUGGACUGCAUCGUGCCGGGAUCCGUAGACAUGAGUCUGGUCAAGUUCGAUGCGCGAGAUGAGCAGGACUGCAAGCAUAACUUUGGUCUCCUCCAACAGGCUUUCACGAAGAACCGUAUCACCAAGAACAUUCAGUUGGAACAACUGAUAAAAGGCGAUUUUCAAGUCAACUUCGAUUUCCUGCUUUGGUUCAAAACCUUCUGCUCGGCCAAUGUGAUUAAUGAAGAUUAUGACGCGGUGAAAGCUCGGAACCAACGCGACAUCCGUCCGUACCCGCCGCCUGAGCUCUCCCCAAAAAGUGGCAGUAAAGUGGACCCUUCCGCUGCAGGCCAUAGAGACAAGAAAGCCAACGGCAAGGCUCCGACAAUGGCAGAUGAAGAAUCUCUAAAUGGGAGCGAUGGUUUGAUGGAGAGUGACAGUGAGCGGAUGUCGGAGGGCGGCGAUGACAAAGUAACAUCGCAAGCUGUGAAUGAGCUUCGCAUGCAGUGUUUAAAGCCGUGCCACGUAGUCCUGACCAAAUUAAAAGGCUUAAAAUUACAUGACAGCUCAAUUGGUGAAGACGACAACGACGACUCUGAAGAAAGGGAGGAAAAGACUGUCCCCUCCAAUAAAACACCUAGGGGACGAAAAAAAGCAAAUUACCAGGAUGGCAACGGCUUUUUGAGCGGAGAGCUGGUUUGGGGCGGCGUGAAGGGCUUUCCGUGGUGGCCCGGCUUGGUGAUCCCUUGGAAAACCAAAUAUUCCCCUCAAGGCAUUCGAAGGGUCGAAUGGUUCGGCGAUGGGACCUUCUCCAAGAUCAGCACAGACGUUUUGGUGCCUUUCCGAAACUUCACCCAGAAUUUCUGCAAAAGUUCAUUUGACCGCCUGCCAAACUACAAGAAGGCAGUCUACCAGAUUAUAGAGCUUGCGAGCGAACGUUGCGAGAAGUCCUUCGAAGAGGCCAAAGGAGAUAAAGAGAAAGAAAUCAAUCUGAUGCUGGACUGGGCUUUUAAAGGAUUUCUGCCCAGUGGACCGGACGGAUUCUCGUCACAGAACGCCGCUGGGGCGGAUUCAGACUCUGCUCAUUCUGACUACCAGCCGCCCGUGAAGAAGAAGUUGGCUCCCAAGAAUAGGGCGAGCACCUCUAACUACAUUUUCACGAGAGAUGUUUUAAUUGAGAGGCUUAAAGACAGAAGCACAAAACUUGAAGAUUGUUGUUUGGCUUGCGGCUCCUCCGAGGUAGACGUAGAGCACCCCUUGUUUGAAGGCGGCCUUUGUCUUAAAUGCAAGGAAAACUUCUCGGAAACGCUAUAUCGCUACGACGAAGAUGGCUACCAGUCCUACUGCACCGUGUGCUGCGGCGGCACGCAAGUCAUUCUGUGCAGCAACGCAAGCUGCUGCAGAUGUUACUGCAAGGAGUGCGUGGAGAUCCUGGUGGGAAAGGGAACCUUUGCCGAGCUGAAAGACAUCGACCCAUGGAGCUGCUACAUCUGCCAGCCGGAACAGUGCAAGGAAAGACUCCAAAUCAGGCCGGACUGGAGCGUCAAGAUCCAAAACUUCUUUGCUAACAACAGUGGCAUGCAGUUUGAGCCUCACCGUGUUUACCCGUGCGUCCCGGCAGACAGACGCAAGCCCCUGAAGGUUCUGUCGCUCUUUGACGGCAUCGCAACAGGCUACCUGGUGCUGAAAGACCUGGGUUUCAAGGUGGAGCGCUACAUCGCCUCAGAGAUCUGCGAGGAUUCCAUUGCGGUGGGCAUGAUCAAGCACGCCGGAAAGAUUGAAUACGUCAACGAUGUGCGCACUAUCACCAGGAAACACCUGGCCGAGUGGGGGCCCUUCGACCUGCUGAUCGGAGGAAGCCCGUGCAACGACCUCUCCAUCGUCAAUCCCGUCAGGAAAGGAUUGUUCGAGGGCACCGGGAGGCUCUUCUUCGAGUUCUACCGCAUUUUGACCAUGCUGAAGCCCAAGGAAGGUGACGAUCGGCCUUUCUUCUGGCUCUUUGAGAACGUGGUCUUCAUGUCCGUCCGAGACAAGGCUGACAUCUGUCGCUUCCUGGAGUGCAAUCCGGUCAUCAUGGACGCUGUGCACGUCAGCCCCGCCCACAGAGCGCGUUACUUCUGGGGGAACGUGCCAGGCAUGAGCAGACCUCUGACGACCUCUCAGGAUCAAAAGAUUUCUCUUCAGGAUUGUUUGGAAGUGGGCCGCACGGCAAAGCUGGACAAGGUGCGAACCAUCACCACAAAGUCCAGCUCUCUCGUGCAGACCAAGGUGGGACUUCCCGUCACCAUGAACGGCAAGGAAGACAACCUGUGGUGUACCGAAGUGGAACAGAUCUUCGGCUUCCCAAAGCAUUACACGGACGUCAACAACAUGGGCCGCAAUCAGCGCCAGAAGGUAUUGGGUCGCUCCUGGAGCGUGCCCGUCAUCCGCCACCUGGUGGCGCCGCUCAAGGAUUAUUUCCAAUGCGAACAGCCGCAAUGAAGUCGCCAAAUCCGUUGACGAUGCCUUAAAAAAAAACAAAAGCAUUCUUUUUACUUUGUCAAACGACCACCUAAAACACUCCAACUCAGGAAACACAUCAACAUCCUUCCUACUGUCCAUUCGGCUCGGACGUUUUUAGAAAUGAUCUCGUUGACGGCGAUAGACGUCCAAUCCAGUUGGACUGGGAAGGACUGCUUCGUAUUGGUUUAUAGGCUUAAAUUAGCUUAAUCAGAAUGCCUAGUUUUUUCACCGAGUGCUCCUUUUAACUCAUUGGCUGCCUUGACCAUGAUAGACGUCCAAUCUUAUUGGACAGGGAUCGUUGACAGCAAUCAUUUGCUAGAUAUUAUUUUUUUAAUCCAUGAAAUAGAGAUUAUUAACAGUUUUUUCCCUCUUCAGGGAUUAGCUUUUUAUAUUUACGAUGAAUUCAUCAUCUGCCAUUGAUGCCGCUAGACGCCCAACCUAUUUGGACUGGGGGGGCAACCAGCAAUCGUUCGGUAGAUUUUUUUUUUUUUUUAAUCAACAAAAUGGAGAAUAUUUACCUUUUUCCCCUUCGUUUUUUAAAACUUUUAAAAUGUUUUUUAUAUUUAGUAUCAAUUUAUUGUCUGCCAUCGACGUCUAGACAUCAACGGCACUGACAAGUGAUCAAUUUUUUUUUUUUUUUUUUACUGUCGUGAUUUUUAAUCCUUAAACAGAAGCGUAAUCCAUCCAUAUUUGUACAUUUCCUGCACUUUCAAGUUAAAAUAGCGGCCUGAUUUUCAAUAUAGGGAAGGAUUUUUUUUUUUUUUAAUCAUUAAUCAAUUGUUAGUGUUACGAGAUUCUUGACUUAUCUUUUUUUUUUUUUUUUUAGAUACAAGCAUCUUUAGCAAACAAAGUCGUAUCUACAGCAAGCGGUCAUUUUGGAAGCUUUUGAGAUACUAGCAUCUUCAGCAAAAAAAGUAAUGUCUCCAUGUAGUGGUUGUUAGUGGAAUAACAGCAUUGAACAUUGGACAAAAUGGAGACACAAACAAAAGAUGAUUCUAGGAAGUUAUGAAAAAUCUUAUGUGGUGCUAUAAUCUACUGUAUGACGUCAUCAGUAACAGCUGGCCUGUAUCAAAAUGUAUUUUUAGGAUUCAGGCAGCCAUUUUAGUGUAUUUUCUUUUCUUGUUGAACAUCGUCCGGUCAGGCCGCAGUUUUGGUUUCUACCUCACGUCUGUGCCUGUUACUCUUUUUUAUCUUCAUUUUUAAUUUAUGACUAGUUUUAACAGAAGUGCCAUUACAAACAUGGCGGUCAUAGGAGGAUCGUGGACCAAAAAAGAAAAUGCAAUAUGUUGGUGUUCUGUCUUUUGAUGUUUCUUUUUUUAUGAUGUGAAAAGUCAGUUGUUGGUGGCUACUUCUACUGUGACUGCAAAAAAAAACUUGCUGCCUUAAUAAACAAGGACUUCCUGUCACAUUUUCUGUUCGUUUCGAGACAUUGUUGACAUCAAAAUAAGGGCU